UGAGAGAAGAGAGAGAGGGAGAGAGCUAAAAAAACAAAUGAAAUAAAGGAGAAUCCAAGAUUUAUAUAUCAAGGAAUUUAUAUUAAAGAUUUCGAUUAAGUGGGUGAUCAUUAUAAAUGCAUUGGUACAUGUUUAGACAUUAACCCUCUCCAGGCUGCUCCUCUCUUAACCAUUUCUUUAAUCACUAUAUUUAAAAAAAAUUCAUCUCCAUAAGCACUUUCAGAUCCAACUCACAAAUCCAGAUUCUUCUCUCCCUCUUCAUUAUAUCACAAUCUGCUCUUCCUGAAAAAAAGAUACACAUUGAAGCACACAGAGAAAGAGAGAGAGAGAGAGAGAGGCUUGUAGGGGGAGUGACACGUCUUUCAGACUUGUGUCUGAAAAAGAUCAAACAAAAGGAGACUCUGAAACUUGGCUCUUGGAACUUCUUGGUCAAAUCUGAACUAAGGGAGAAAGGAGAAAAUAAAAAAACAAAGAGAAGAAUAAACAAGUUGGGUUUCAACAGUGUUGUUGAGAAGAAGAGGACCCCACAAAAUGGAAGAGUUAGAUACAUCACAUGCAGUUCCUCAGAUUUUACCUCAAUCUCCUUGAACUACAUCAACUGUUGCAUUCAUGUUCUGACUCAUCUCCUCACAGUCCCACUCACUCCAAUAUAAUCUGUCAGAUAAAGACCAUAAUGAUGAAUCAUACCACGUUAGAGAGAUAAAGACAUAACCUUAUGAGCUGCUGAGAGCUUCAUUUGAGUUUUAGUUUGGGUUUGGUGUGAGGAAGUUAAAGAAGAGAAAGGGAGUAAUGAGAGGAAUAGAAGACGAGUCAGAAGCAAGUUUAGUUGGAUUAACCAUAAGAACUUCAUCACCAGCAAGCUCUUCAAGUAAGAAAGGUAAAGAUCUUCUUCAAACAAGCAAUGCUUCAGAUUCAUCAUCUCCAAGUAUCAAAAUCUCUCCUCUCAAUUCACCUUCUCUUGUGUCCCCACCAUCUUCUGCUUUUGUUUCCGCUUUACAAUCUCCUUAUAUAUCCCCAAGAGCUACACAACCCGUUACCACAACCACCACCACUCAUAAGCCCCCCUCACCGCCUGUUUCUUACAAAGGCUCACAAUCUGAAGAUGUACCGAGCAGCUCCUACACUCCUCCUUCAGACCAGUAUGAGUUUUCUGAUGAACAACCAUCAGAUCGGAAGCUAAAGUUAUCAGCUUGUACUCCAGAUCCUGCUCCUCCAAGAAUCUCCUUCACUUUCCCUGUUCCUAGGGUUUCUUUAGCUAAAGUCUCUGUUUCUUCACCUGCAACUAACACCAAGCUCAGGAGCUCUGAUGUCUUCAUAGGGUUUCAUGGACAUAACCCAAACUUGGUGAGGUUCUGCAAAUGGUUAAAGUCAGAGCUUGAGCUUCAGGGAAUCGCUUGUUUCGUUGCUGACAGAGCUAAGUAUUCGGACACACAGAGUCAUGAGAUCGCCGACAGAGUUAUCUGUUCUGUUACUUAUGGGAUUGUGGUUGUCUCCUGUUCGAGCUUGCUCAACUACCUUAGCUUGGAGGAAGUUAGGUUCUUUGCUCAAAAGAAGAACUUGAUUCCGAUUUUCUAUGGAACUGGACCUUCUGAGAUAAUGGGUCUUCUCAACUGCAAUGCCAUAGAUAAAGAGUGUAAAGAAGCCAUUGAUGGUUUAAUUAAGUCCCAUGAGUUUAAACUCGAAGCUAAUGAGAGUAACUGGAGAAUCUGUGUGGGAAAGACCGCAGCGAUUCUCAGGGCAAAGCUUGGGAGGAAGAGUGUGGCUGAUAAAGAGACAGUAGAAGGAAUUGAUGAGCUUCCUUUUCCGAGGAACAGAUCUUUUCUUGGAAGAGAGAAAGAGAUAAUGGAAAUGGAGAUGGCUUUCUUUGGUAAUGGAGAGUAUCUUGAGUCUACGACACCAAGCACCAGAGGAGAAGCAAGUGGACAAUCUGAAGGACUUGCAGAUGAGGAAUCAGAUGUUGUAUCAACUCGAACUGGGAAAUUUAUUAGUUUGGAGCUUGGAAAAUGCUCAGAGACAAAAAUGCCUUAUCUGUUGAUCAUUGAUAAUCUUGAGAUAGAAAAGGAUUGGUGGGAAGGGAAAGAUCUGAAUGACCUGAUUCCGAGGAACACUGGAGGAACACAUGUCUUGAUCACUACUAGACUUCCUAAAGUCAUGACCUUUGACAGUGUGCAGCUUUCUAUAUUGCCUUCAUCUGAUGCAAUGGUUCUACUGAGAGGAAGAAGAAAGAAAGAUUACCCGGCUGAAGAGGUUGAGAUCCUCAAGCUUUUUGAAGAGAAAUUGGGACGGUUGAGCUACGGUCUUUGGGUGGUAGGAUCAUUGCUUUCAGAGCUUGCAAUUCCGCCUUCUGCACUCUUUGAGGCUGUGAACAAAGUUCAAAUCGAAGAAGUUUCAGCAUCACCUUUUCUAAACGCAAACGAUGAGCAAUAUUGCAAAUCCAAUCCAUUCGUUGCAAAGGUCUUAGCUUUUAGUUUGGCUGUUUUGGAGCAAGCUGAAGGAAACAGAAACCUUCUCUCAUUGAAAAUGCUACUCGUGGGAGCUUGGUUUGCUCCGGUCCCUAUUCCGGUUAAUUUGUUAGCUGCAGCGGCUAAGAACAUGCCCACAAGUGGAAACCGAUUUAGCAAAUGGAACAAAUGUUUGAGUCACACAUUUGCUUGGUGCGGUGGUUGUGGUUUAGGACGCAGAAGCGAAGAGGAUGCUGCCUUUUUACUAGUCAGAUUAGGACUAGCGAGGAUAACAAAUAGACAACCUGGAUGUUGGAUUCAGUUCCAUCCGAUAACUCAAACUUUCGCGAGGAGACGAGACUACAUACUUGCACCCAAGGCAACAGUUCAAGGUGUGAGGAAAAUCGAUAACCCGCUGUUGAAUCUUGAUCACCUAUGGGCUUCAGCUUUCUUAGUAUUUGGGUUCAAAUCAGAACCUCCUUUGGUGCAACUGCAAGCCAUGGAUAUGGUACUUUACAUCAAAAGAACAGCUCUUCCUCUGGCAAUCACAGCUUUCACAACCUUCUCGAGGUGUAACUCCGCAUUAGAGCUCCUAAAAGUAUGCACCAAUGUGUUAGAGGAAGUGGAGAAAUCAUUUGUGUCUCAGAUACAAGAUUGGCGUCAAGGCUCACUCUGUUGGAAGAAGAAGACCAACAAGAAGGUCGAUGAAUACGUGUGGCAGGAUGUUACAUUGUUGAAAGCUUUAUUGCUGGAGACCAGAGCGAAGCUGCUGCUACGAGGCGGGCAUUUCGAUAGUGGAGAGGAACUUUGCAGGACUUGUAUCAGUAUCAGGACAGUGAUGCUUGGCCAUAACCAUGAUCUCACUUUGGCUGCUCAAGAAACACUAGCAAAGUUAGUCAGAAUGAGAAGCAAGAUAUGACCACCCACAAAUACUUCUCCUGGUUAUUUAUCUUAUUACUCUAAUCUCAGUUUUGUUAAAGACAGCAAAAUUAUGUAAACGGGUACUUUAAACUAGUUAAGACCUAUCUUAUUCCUAUGUACAUUACCCACUUCCUUAAUCUCCUUUUUAUUCCUUCAGAUCA